ACAAGACUAAAAAAUACAGAAUUUAAUUUUAAAGAAAGAAAAAAAAUUGAAAAAAAAAACAUUUUCUCUCUCGCGAAAAGUCUACACUUCCUCUCUCUAAAAAAGUCUGCAAAAUUUCGCAGAUAUAAAGAGAGAGAGCUUAAAGCAUUUUAGCUUUCCUUCUUUUUCUUUUUUUUUCAGGUUAAUGGCGGUUAUCCGGUAUCGCUGCAGCCGUUGAAAACGGAAUAUCAACUGGUGUCUAAAAAUCCUUGGCCUGAAUAUGAAUAAUUUUUACUGGAUCUAGAAAUUUGGAGGAAAAGCCAGAGUAGAAGCUAUUGAACCUAGAAUACAUCAGCUGUUAUUUUAAAGACCCAUAACAUCUCAGGGUGAAUUCUACCAGCACCACGAUGAUGGGAGAUGAUGUCGAGAAUGGUAAUCUGGGGCCUUACCAAGAUAGGCCAAGGACAUUUCCUAACAUGCGUAGCAAACCCUAUACCCCCUUGAUUUUUCGAAUUCUUAUGGGAAUGAAUGUUCGUGUUCUUGUUAUACUUCUCCUUUUGGGCUUUGGAUAUGUCUUUUAUGUUGGAGCAAGUACUUCUCCAAUCAUUGUUUUUGUCUUCUCAGUUUGCAUCAUCAGCUUCCUUUUGUCAAUAUAUCUUGCAAAGUGGGUACUUUCAAAGGAUGAAGGGCCUCCAGAGAUGGCUCAGAUAUCAGAGGCUAUACGUGAUGGAGCAGAGGGAUUCUUCAGGACACAGUAUGGUACUAUCUCCAAGAUGGCAUUGUUGCUAGCACUAGUGAUUCUUAGCAUAUAUUUAUUUCGCAAUACAACUCCUCAACAAGAAUCUUCAGGCCUAGGAAGGGCAACAUCUGCAUAUAUCACUGUUGCUGCAUUUCUUUUGGGGGCUUUAUGUUCAGGUGUCACUGGGUAUGUUGGGAUGUGGGUAUCAGUUCGUGCAAAUGUCCGAGUCUCAAGUGCUGCAAGACGGUCUGCAAGAGAGGCAUUGCAGAUAGCUGUCCGUGCUGGUGGUUUUUCUGCCUUGGUGGUCGUUGGUAUGGCUGUGAUUGGUAUAGCCAUCCUUUAUGCAACAUUUUAUGUUUGGUUGGGUGUGGAUUCACCUGGUUCAAUGAAGGUUACAGAUUUGCCUCUUCUUCUGGUGGGAUAUGGUUUUGGAGCUUCAUUUGUUGCCCUGUUUGCUCAGUUGGGUGGUGGGAUAUAUACAAAAGCAGCUGAUGUUGGGGCAGAUCUUGUUGGAAAAGUAGAACAGGGGAUACCUGAAGAUGAUCCUAGAAACCCGGCUGUAAUUGCAGAUUUGGUUGGGGACAAUGUUGGUGAUUGUGCUGCUCGAGGUGCGGAUCUUUUUGAAAGCAUUGCUGCAGAGAUAAUUAGUGCCAUGAUACUUGGAGGAACAAUGGCUCAGCGUUGUAAAAUUAAAGAUCCAUCUGGCUUCAUCCUGUUUCCUCUUGUUGUGCACUCAUUUGACCUGGUGGUAUCAUCAAUUGGAAUACUUUCAAUUAGGAGCACACGUGACUCCAGUGUGAAAGCUCCAAUAGAAGAUCCAAUGGCAAUCCUACAGAAAGGAUACUCUGUUACAAUAGUUUUGUCUGUUUUGACAUUUUCUGGGUCUACAUGGUGGUUGCUUUAUACUGAACAAGCACCUUCUGCGUGGUUGAACUUUGCCUUGUGUGGGUUGGUUGGUAUCAUUACAGCGUAUGUUUUUGUCUGGAUAACCAAAUAUUACACUGACUACAAGCAUGAGCCUGUACGCACAUUAGCUCUUUCUAGCUCCACAGGACAUGGGACUAACAUUAUAGCUGGAGUCAGUUUGGGCCUGGAAUCAACAGCUCUUCCUGUUCUCGUGAUAAGUAUAUCUAUUAUUUCUGCAUUUUGGCUGGGUCACACCUCAGGACUGGUGGAUGAAACUGGAAAUCCUACCGGUGGGUUGUUUGGCACUGCUGUAGCAACAAUGGGAAUGCUCAGCACUGCUGCCUAUAUUCUAACCAUGGAUAUGUUUGGCCCAAUAGCUGAUAAUGCUGGUGGAAUUGUAGAGAUGAGUCAGCAGCCAGAGAGUGUGCGAGAGAUCACGGAUAUCCUUGAUGCUGUUGGGAACACCACAAAAGCUACCACCAAAGGUUUUGCGAUUGGAUCUGCAGCACUUGCUUCUUUUCUUCUGUUUAGUGCAUAUAUGGAUGAGGUCGCAUCUUUUGCUCAUGAAUCUUUUAAACAGGUCGAUAUUGCCAUUCCUGAGGUUUUCAUUGGUGGAUUAUUGGGCUCCAUGCUUAUAUUUUUAUUUAGUGCAUGGGCCUGUUCUGCAGUUGGCCGAACUGCUCAGGAGGUUGUUAAGGAAGUAAGAAGGCAAUUUAUUGAGAGGCCUGGUAUCAUGGACUACAAGGAGAAGCCAGAGUAUGGUCGCUGUGUUGCUAUUGUGGCAUCUGCAUCUUUGAGGGAGAUGAUAAAACCCGGUGCUUUAGCUAUAGUGUCACCAAUAGUAGUUGGUUUUCUAUUCCGUGUUUUGGGUCACUAUACCGGACGCCCUCUACUUGGAGCAAAAGUUGUAGCUGCUCUGCUGAUGUUUGCAACCGUUUCUGGUAUUUUAAUGGCUCUCUUUCUAAACACAGCUGGUGGUGCAUGGGAUAAUGCAAAGAAGUUUAUCGAGACAGGAGCUCUUGGUGGCAAAGGCAGUGAUUCUCAUAAAGCUGCAGUUACUGGAGAUACUGUGGGAGACCCAUUCAAAGAUACAGCUGGACCGUCGCUUCAUGUGCUCAUAAAAAUGCUUGCUACGAUAACGCUUGUUAUGGCGCCAGUGUUUCUGUGAAGAGUUUGUUUAUAUCUAAUGGCGGUGCUCACUAUCAUACACCACCCAUUACCUUUAAGUUCUUAGGUAUUUUGCACAUAUACAUCUAGGUAUUUUGAUGUAUAUCAUUGGUUUUCUCUAUUUUUUUUUUCUUAUAAUCUGAAAUAAGAGAGAUGUUAGUAUUUUUGGUUGUAGUUUUUGACCUACCAUAUUGAGGUUUUAAUGCAAUUAAUCACUUGGCCUAAGCUUUUUUUUUUUUUUUUUAAUGCUUUAAGCAAAUAAAUGUAUGAAUAUAAUAAUGAACCAUUGAAGGGUCAUGUAUUGGCAUUAUUAUUACGAGAUAAGAUUGUGCUAUAGGUACAUAAAAUGAUACCCUUCGAAUUGGUUCUCGUCAUGUAUUUGAAUUCAUGAUAAAACAUCUUUAUUAAUUUUAAUGCGUAA